UGUAUCUCCGAUAUUGAGAAGAGUUGCAGAUCAUAGUGAUGAUGGCAUUCUGCAGGCUUGAAAUAUCACUGUUCAUUCUGAUCAUGGGCCUAGGCUUAGUCCACGUAUCCAGAGCCCAAGAUUCCCCGCAGGAUUACCUCGACGCCCACAACACUGCCCGAGCAGAGGUGGGCGUGGAUGCAUUGAUAUGGAACGACAAACUGGCAGCCUAUGCCCAAAACUACGCUGAUCAGAGAGUCGAAGACUGCACUCUGAUGCAUUCCGGUGGACCCUAUGGAGAGAACCUCGCCGGAAGCUCUGGUUCCCUGUCGGGGACCGGUGCUGUGAACCUAUGGGUCGGAGAAAAACAAUACUACGAUUACAGCACCAACAGUUGCAGUGAUGGACAAGUGUGCGGUCACUACACGCAGGUGGUGUGGAGAAACUCGCUUCGUGUUGGGUGUGCUACAGUGCAGUGCAACAACGGAGGGACCUUCGUCAUUUGCAACUACGACCCAGCAGGCAACGUCGUGGGGGAGCUACCUUACUAAUUAAAAGAGUUGCACCUACUACUGUUGUCGUUCUUUCUCCAAUCUCCAGUCUCACAUACCAAAUAAAUGAAUAAAUGAAUAAGCAUAAGCUGUAGGUUUUGUGCACAUCCUAUGUAUUCCUGGAAUUGUUGGAUGGUGCGCUAACUCUGUUGUUCAAUAAGUUUAAUUAGUAGAGUAAUCUGGUUGAUUAGCUUGGAGAAAGGAAACCAAGUAUUUUAGUUUUGUUGUUGGUUGCCUUUGUGUUGUUAUAUAACUUUCCUCCUCUUUUGUUAUAAGAUGUUACUCUUAUUUGCA